CAGUGGUUGCUAAAGAGAGUGGGCGUGCGGCUUCCUCUGGGGCGAUCUGAUUUCUCCGGGAGCGUGGUGAAGGCACACUUAGGAGGAACCGUCCUCCGUGGAGCACAGACACGACCUCUGCACCGGCAGCAGCGCUGGGCACGCACGGGACUGUUUGCUUUUGGCGGGGGGGGGGGGGGGAACUCUAUUGGCUUGUUCAUCUAUCCCGGGAAAACAUCAUCUGGCAACGAGAAGCAAAGGGAACAAGUUUGGAGGGUGGCAGAGAGAGCAGCCACCGGUUGCUGCCGGCCAAGCUCCAGCCCUCAGCAGGGUCCCUGUGGGGUGGUGACAGCAGCAGGGAGGGACACCAGUGCAGCAGCCACUUCCACGUGACUCUCCAUCCCUGCUCCCACCGGAGAGACCGGGCAGCUCCGUCGGACCUGGCCAUAAGUCACGCAGGUGUGAGCGCAGCUGGGCAGGAGCAGCAGCCUCAGCUCCCGCAGAGCCAUGUCGUGGGGCAUGGGGCAGCACUUGCCCCCCGGGCUCCCCAAGGCCACGCUGCGGAAAUCAGCAUCGAUGUACACUGAAAUACAGCGGGAGCAACCAGACACUGGGAAUAUCCUGACUCACCCAGACUACAUAGAUGGAAACCCAGACCUCAUCAAACCUAAAAAGCUCCUAAAUCCUGUAAAAGCCUCAAAGAGCCACCAAGAGCUUCACAGAGAGCUGCUGAUGAACCACAAAAGAGGUUUGAGCAUGGAGAGCAAGCCAGAGCUGCAGCGGGUGCUCGAGCACCGACGGCGAAACCAGCUCAUCAGACAGAAGAAGGAAGAGGAAGAGGCAAAGAAAUUGCAAUGUCCUUUUGAAAAAGAGCUAUUAAAGAGGCACCAGAGGCUGGAUCAGUUGGAGAAAGAGCAGGAGAAGCAGGAAGACCAUGCACCAGAAUUCAUUAAAGUCAAGGAAAACCUGAGAAGAACAUCGGCGGUGACUGGGGAUGAGAAAGCAGCAUAGCUUCUGCCAAAACUCAGCGGGGAUCCUGCCAAGGCCGGCGCUAACACACACAUGCUGACAUCUCUGUACAUGGUGGACAUUCACAGUCACAUCGUUGGGGCUACUUAUGGUUAUUAACACUUGCUCCAGUAGAAGGCACAAAAGAGGUUUUCCCAGCCCAGGAAGGUAUCACUGUGGAAAAGGUGCAGUAUUCACUGAAGAAGUACUCACACAAGGAGAUGCAGAAAGAAAUGAUGUUGUUUUCUCCCCAGAUUGUGGGUGCAUGCUAACCUCCAGCUAACUCUUGGUUAACCCUAGAGACACAGUGACUGUUUAAGCCAGGGAAGCCUGUGGAGGGAUGGUUUGGGGGAUCCCUGCUUCUUCCUGGAGGCAGGAUCAUCAGGCAUGGGGUAACAGGAGGGCAGCUGCAGGUCUGGAACCUCCUGGAAACCUGGUGUGAGAACUAAAAGGGACAAUCUGUGUAUUACUGAGAACAGACCCAGUGACCACAAUGGUUUUCCCAAGGGUCACUGUCAAGCCUGGCUGAGGCCAUGUCCCAGCAGCACAACCCUACUAUUAGAAAAGUCAGCCCUUGUGUGCUCACACCAAUGCAGCACAGGAGGUGCAACUGUUCUUCAUGAGCACCUUUAAACUUCAUUUCAAACCUGUUUGAAAAGAGCUAUUUAGGCAGCUGCAUGCUCAGGCAGGAGAUACAUUGGGCUAUAUCAUCAAUGCCCCAAGUGGGAAAGCAAAGGUUGGGUGUUCUCAGCAUAGGUGUACAUGGAAGUGUGCAAUGACCAGACAGCAGAUCCCUGUGGAUGUAGCAGACAGACAAACUGCUUCUUGCCCCUGAACUACUGAGCUCCAGCCCCCCACCCAGUGGCUGGACAUGAGCUACCAUAGGAACCCACAAAAAUAUGUCCUGUGAUUGAGAGGUGGUACUGAUUGCAUUAGGUACUGAUGCAAAAGUAUGUCAGUGCUUCUUUUGCCCUUUUCCAGAGGUCAGAGUUGCUUCAUUUCAGUUGCCAUCUUACAAAGAUCUAAAAGUCUUCUUGUUACUGGUAUAGCAAAGCUGAGAUAGGCUGCUCAAACUCAGGUUGGACGGGGCUUGGAGCAACCUGCUCUAGUGGAAGGUGACCCUGCCCAUGGCAGGGGCUUGGAACUGGAUGAGCUUUAAGCUCCCUUCCACCCCAAACCAGUCUGGGAUUCUAGGAGAUAGAGGGUGCAUUUGUACCAUGUAUGGACAGAGCCUACCACAGUUAUGGGACACGCAUGCCUUGAAGCGUCUACAUCUAGAGCUAAAAUUGCACCUUCAGGAAUAUCUCAGCUUCUUGCUUCUCACAUCAGCACUUACACAAAGCCUAAACAGCAUAACUUACCAACUGCCUUUGAAAACUGGCUCACACUGGAACAAUGGCAAGCCUCAAUGGACUUAGCUGGGAAGGAAAUACCUGGUUAAACAAUAUCUACUAUCCACAUCUUCAGUGGAUCCACAAGUAAAUUAAGGGAAACUGGGUCUUUAUAAUAUAUUUAUUAAAAGGUUAUUAAUCCAUUCCCUAAUCUCUCUGGUCCAGUGGGGGUGUUUCACUUCAGAGGGAUGUUGCUCUACCUGACAGCUUGAGUCACAUCACGUGUCAAGAGCAGUGAUAGAGGUAUGGGGCUUCUGCAACUACUAGAGCCCUUAGCUCAGUUUCAGUCCCAUCUCACAGCACUGUCUCUAAGAGAGUUUUUAAGCCCCUUGCUCAUCAUCCAGUGCAUAUAGUCACUAUGGUGUCAAACAAGAUCUGACAGGAUCAAUGAUGUCCGUUCUAACUGUGAAGCUUUUCUUAUAGGUUAUGAUUAAAACCAUGAAGAAGGAGCAGCAGCAACCAUUUUUUAGGGGGGGGGAAAAGCCAAAUUUCUCCAAGAAAAAAGGGUGUUGCUAAGGAUGCUUGUACACAGCUGUAAAGAAUGCUGCAUGAUGCUCCAUAGACAACAUCAGUUUAAACCACAAACCAGAAUUACAGUGCUGGGUUUUGUGAGAGGUUACAACAGAGAUUAAGCAACCUUGAUCAAAGAGCUCAAAAAAAUUCAGCAAAUUAAUGUGUAAUUUUGCCACAGAUGGAAAUGCACUGCAGGAGAGGCAAUCUGUCACUCCAUAUGCACUAGUGAAAUCAGUGUUAUCAGCUCACCCAGGCUGGGAUGGGGGCAUUUAUGCAAGUCCUUGGGUGGGAGCCAUCCAGUAAGGGUAAGCUGAAUGCUCAGAUCAGCACUGAAAAGGUUGAAAACAUUUUGCUGUGGUCUUCUUGAGUAUAAAAACAUUAUCUGGAAAUAAUAAUUAUAAUAAUCCAAGAUGUCUCCCUUUGAUGUGGUGUGCACCAAGCACAUGUGGGGCUGCAUUCCAAUGCAGUCUGUGAUUCCUAAGGGGCAUCUGGGUCAUUUUCAGUGCAUGUCCAGAAGGGAAAGAAAGGACCAGGUCACAUUGCCCUAACACAGGCUGAGCUAAUAGAGCCACAAGAAUUCCUUACAGUGGUGGAGACGCAGCAGAAAGCCCUGACCCUGAGCCCACUAGGACCUUACAGGCUGUGAGCUGGUACCCAGCCACACAUCCAUACAAUGACCCACCAAACCAGCCACUGGCAUCUUCCAUGGGGCCAGGAUGGGCUGUGGCAGCCCCAUGGCACAAGCAGGACACACGGUGCUUCAUUCCUGCCUCCAGCCCUCCCUAACAGCACAUGGGAAAUGGCUUUUACCGUUCAAGCAUCUUCCAACACAGCUCUUCCACCCCUGUGAACUGGGAACCACCUGGGCUCAGAACAGAGCCUGCACAACCUUCACCCUUGCUCUUGUGCUUCAUGGCAUGGCAGCAUAGAGGUGGCACCCAAAAAACCACCACUAUAAGCAUCACCAGGAAGAUUUGGGGGUAUCUGUGUCUCUUUUUCUUUUAAAUUAAUUCCUCCCUAUGCCCCUAAAACACAUUCCUGACUAAACAUGGUGUAUCCAAGAAGAUACAGGUUAUCAGAGUAUUGAUGGAAGACAAUUUUUUGCACUGUGUAUGUUGCCUAUGUGGUAUAUAGUCUAUAUUCUGUGUUGGUGUUUAUACAUUUAUAUGAAAUUAUACGUCAUGCAACUCAACUGACGCUGUUUAAUGUGGAUGCUUCUGGAGAAAUAAACUAAACAAUGAUUGUAUAUUUUGCUCUCUUCCACAACGAACUGAAAAAGCUCCGAGGAUGCAAGAAGACAACAGCCAAAUAAACUGAAUGGACAUAAAAAUCA